UCAGAUGUUGGCCGAAGUUGCAUCUUGUUGUCCAUCGGAGGCAAGAGUGUGAUGCUCGACUGUGGAAUGCACAUGGGUUAUAAUGAUGAGAGGCGUUUUCCCGAUUUCUCUUUCAUCAAUCAGGGCAACCUUACACAACACUUGUCGUGUGUCAUUAUCAGCCAUUUUCAUUUGGACCACUGUGGUGCUCUGCCCUACAUGACCGAGAUGGUUGGCUACAAUGGGCCCAUUUACAUGACCAUGCCCACAAAAGCGAUCUGUCCAAUCUUGUUGGAAGAUUAUCGAAGAAUCACAGUGGACAAAAAGGGAGAGACCAACUUUUUUACCUCGACGAUGGUGAAAGAUUGCAUGAAAAAGGUCACCACUGUCGGACUGCAUGAGACAGUACAGGUGGAUGACGAAAUGGAGAUCAAAGCAUACUACGCAGGACACGUCCUGGGUGCAGCCAUGUUCUUAAUACGGGUUGGUUCACAGUCGGUGGUCUACACAAAAAUAAAACAGACCUUCGUUCACAGGAAUAUGUUUGACUUCAAGCACAUAAAGCCCUUUGAUCGUGCCUACAUAGACAACCCUGGUCCCAUGGUAGUGUUUGCCACACCAGGCAUGCUGCACUCUGGCCUCUCCGUUCAAAUUUUCAGGAAGUGGGCCCCAAACGAAAACAACAUGCUCAUUAUGCCCGGAUAUUGUGUGGCGGGAACCGUCGGUCACAAGGUCAUCAGUGGAGCCAAGAAGAUUGAAUUUGAAAACAGGCAAAUUGUUGAAGUAAAAAUGUCUGUACAGUACAUGUCAUUUUCUGCACAUGCCGAUGCAAAGGGCAUCAUGCAGCUGAUUCAGCACUGCGAGCCUUCCAAGGUGAUGCUGGUUCACGGGGAAGCCUCUAAGAUGGAGUUCCUUAAGAAGAAGAUCACCCAAGAACUGGGAAAGGAAUGUCUGAUGCCGGCCAAUGGCGAGACAGUCUCCUUCGAGACCCCAAUCACCGUUCCCGUCGAUGUUUCUCUCGACCUCCUCAAGAAGCAGAUCUACUCUCGGGACGCCAAUGGCAUUGGGGGGUUGAAGCGGAAAAGCAUCCUGCAUGGCAUGCUGGUCAUGAACAACAAUAAAAUUCGGCUGAUGGAGCCUGAGGAGGCCAUGCAGGAGGUAGGAGUGGUACCUCACCAGGUUCGCUUCACCUCCACCCUGAGGAUCGAGGAUCCCACCGGAGCCCCUGCGUCCAGGCUCACUGAUGUGAUCUUCUCCAAAAUCAAAAGCCUCUUGGAAAAUCAUAACGUCCAACUGGCCCCGGAUUGUUCUAUCACAGUGGCAUCUGUUCUCAUCAAGGUGGAUGUGGGGGAGGAUGACACCAAAAGCAUCUGCGUCUCUUGGGGAUAUCAGGAUGAAGAGUUAGGCAAGUUUCUGUUGCCAGCCAUCAAGAAGUGGUCCAGUGAAACGAAAGGAUGAGACUCAUGGAGAGCCUUGUAAAUACUUCUGUUUCAAAGACUGGAUGUUUUUCCACAAUCAUUUCACCAUCU